CUUUCCCUGCCCUUGCUCUUUGCCACAAGAAGAGGUUCUCUCAUGUGGUCUCUGUGAAACCACACAUGUAGUAGUUAGUUGCACGUGUGCAGCUAACUACCACAUGUGCAGAUUUCACAGAUGACCACUCAGAGAACCACAGUUAUGGGUAAGCAACUAUUUGUUCUGCAGUACUGCUCAAGUUUAUGCUGCCCUGAUCAUUCUGAGCUACAUGACUUAUACAGAAAUCCUUAAUUCUUGUAUUGUAUAUGGAAAUCUUCACAUCGUUGGCACAACUGUAUUCCAAAUACCAUUAAGAAUUAUAUAUCUCCUCUGCAAUAGUAGGAAUCAGACAUUGAGAUAAUUUUGUACACAGUACAUACUGAAACCUACAGAUAUUAACCUUAGGAAGACUUUAUUAAGCUUGAAUGGCAGCAUGGUGUUGUGAUGUGAGCAUUCGACUAGGUUUCGAAUCAGCCAUGGAAACCCAUUGGGUGACCUUCAGUGAUUCACAUCAAUACACGAGACAAUGCAUCAGGAAUAAAAAAACUCCUUUUCAUUAUUAAAUGCAGAAUGGUUGGGAUUAAGAAAUUGGUCAUGUGCCUGUAUGUGUAACAAAGAGUACACCUGUUUAAACUAUGGGCAGCUAGUGCUCCAGAAGUUUGCAACUACUUGAACAAGAGGCAUGGGUACAAAGAGAGGCUCCCAUCUGAGUUUUUCAAUUUGCUGAACUGAAUUUAUCCCAAGAUUGUUACCUGUGCUGUGAUGUUCAUCAGUUUCCAUUACCUAGAUUGUAACUUACCCUGGAAAACUUGAGAACAUUCCUCGGAUUGUGUUACUACAGUGGACAAACAAUUUCUCAGAAACUUCAUUCUGUCGGGGCAGCCAACAUUUCUAGCAAACAAGUUCUUCCAGCUAUAUUGCCUGUUUAUAUACGUGACUAGCCUUUAUUAGGUCAGGUCUUUUCAGUUUGGCUGGGCUCCAUAGUUAGCAAGAUGCAGAGUGGGCUAAUGUUUGCCACACCUUUGCAUUACCGCCUGUGAGUCAGUUGGCUGAUAUGAAUUUCAUAAGGAUUUCUCAGCAACCUGCAGCAACUCAGUCUGUUUGAACAUCAACCACCACUAAUGUUAUCUGUGAACUUUGUUACCUUAGGAAAGCAGAGUUCAUGUUUUGUUUUAUUGGGCAUUGAGGUAAUUGUGAUUGCUAAAGAGGCAGUGCCAGCGUAAGUCAUGGUACACACUGUUGUUCAGGCUGCCUCUGUGAAGUCAAGCACGACAUCUUGAAAUAGUUUCAGACCUAACAAAUGGCAGAUUCAGUCUUGGAUGUGGAGGAGAGCUUGAAAUGUGACCAGCAUACCAACACACAGCUGCAGGUGGAAAGACAUGACAUGAACACUCUCAGCUUGCCUCUUACUAUUCGCCGUGGAGGUUCGGACACCAAUCUCAACUUUGAUGUUCCGGAUGGUGUGUUUGAAUUUCACAAAGUAAAACUCAGUGCCGACAGUUUGAAGCAAAAGAUCCUGAAAGUUACAGAACAGAUCAAAAUAGAGCAAUCGGCCCGAGAUGGGAAUGUGGCGGAGUACUUGAAGUUAGUGAACAGUGCAGAUAAACAGCAAGCAGGGCGAAUCAAGCAGGUCUUUGAAAAGAAGAACCAAAAAUCUGCCCAUUCUAUAUCCCAGUUGCAGAAGAAACUAGAACAGUAUCACAGAAAGCUAAAGGAAAUAGAACAAAAUGGUUCUUCUAAAACUACCAAGGAUACUUCCAAGGAUAGUCUGAAGGACAUUCAACACACUUUAAAAGAGGCCCAUGGAAAGCCCCGUACUGCCGGCCAUGGCAAUGAGAGCAGCAAAACGGGUGUUCCAGGUGUCUCUUUGACACCACCAGUGUUUGUCUUCAGCAAAUCCAGGGAGUUCGCAAACCUGAUCCGGAAUAAAUUUGGUAGUGCUGACAAUAUUUCUCACCUUAAAAGCAGCCUAGAUGAUUUCAGGCCUGAACCUACUUCAAGGGCUUAUGGUGGCAGUGCCACCAUAGUGAACAAGCCAAAGUACACCAGCGAUGAUGAGUGCUCAAGUGGAACAUCUGCCUCUGCAGAUAGUAACGGAAACCAAUCCUUUGGCCACAGUGGAGCAAAUACUUUGGACAGCCAUGGAAAGUUUUCCAUGCUCUUGGAAGAACUGCGGGAGAUAAAGGAAACACAAUCCCAAUUAGCAGAAGACAUUGAAAGUUUAAAAGUACAGUUCAAAAGAGACUAUGGCUUCAUUUCUCAAACAUUGCAAGAGGAACGAUACAGGUAUGAGCGAUUAGAAGACCAGCUGAAUGAUUUAACAGACCUUCAUCAGCAUGAGACUGCCAACUUGAAACAAGAAUUAGCGAGUAUUGAAGAAAAAGUUGCGUAUCAAGCCUAUGAACGCUCACGGGAUGUUCAGGAAGCACUUGAAUCUUGCCAGACGCGGGUUUCUAAGCUGGAACUCCAUCAACAAGAACAGCAAGCCCUGCAGUCCGAGACUGUGAAUGCCAAAGUCCUGCUGGGGAAAUGCAUAAAUGUCGUCUUGGCUUUCAUGACUGUCAUCCUUGUGUGCGUCUCCACCAUAGCAAAGUUUAUUUCUCCUAUGAUGAGGAGCCGUUUUCACAUUAUGGGCACUUUUUUUGCUGUAACUCUUCUUGCGAUUUUAUGCAAGAACUGGGAUCACAUUGUCUGUGCCAUCGAAAAGAUGAUCAUACCAAGAUGAAUCUGCAGCUCCAGAACAUUCAUUUUAAAAGAAGAAGAAAUACUUCUGAACACACUACCAAAUCUUCAAUUUUGCAUUUUCACUUCAGACUCAAUUAAGAUAUUUUUUUCUUUUUCUUGGUAUAGAUAUGAUCAUUCCUGUCAAUUCCUGUUAUAUGGAAUGAGGUGAAGCUGUCAUGAACUAGAUCUUUCAAUCUUUUUGCCUUAAUCCGGUGAACUUUUCUACACUAUGGAUCUCCAAUUGGUUAAAUAUUGAAUGCAUAAUAUUAACUAGACUUGGGUUUAAGGGAGGUAUCACAGAAGGAAAUGACUGACAAUGAUCCUAGCUGAGACACUAAGUUUCAAUAAAGGAUUAAAUCAUCCAACCUUUAAAAAAUAACUAGUCUUUCCUUAUGACCCAUGUGCAAAACAUUUUCCUGCGAUGUGCACAUUUUAGGUAAUGCAAACUACAUUUCCUGUUUCCUAAUGACCAACAUUCAUAAGUUAGAAAUUGUGAUGUAACUGAAUAACUACUGGCAUUGGCCCAAUAGCCAGUAGUAUACGUAACCCUUUCUAGAUUUUUUCCCUUAUAAAUUAGUGAAUGUAUUCAAAUCUGGUUUUGUCAUAACAAAAUCAGAGUUGUUACAUUAGAACUUUAAUAAAAAAUACACACAUAUAUAACUGGCAUGCCUAUUUAAUAAAUUAGGAUAUGUCAAGCAUACAGCUUUCCCUAAAGAUCCACAAAUAGGAAUUCUUUUUUUCCAGAGGCAAAAACACAUAGGAAAAGCUCUUCAUGUUCCUUGAGAAACUACAGAUAUAUUAAUUGGCAAGAGAAUGUUUUAAAAGCACUAUGAGCCAAUAGCUCGCUAUGAAGAACAAACUGAAUUGAACAGAAUACAUUUUUGUCUUCUGUUCUUGUUUUUCAUGUUCAUUUUGAACUCUCAACUUUGAGAGUUCAAAAUUUUUGUCCUCUGCUUGAAUUCCUUCUAUUUAGUAUAUUGACUUCAUCUUCUUUUUCUCUUCCCCAUCUGUCCACCUCUGUUGAGGCUGUCUAGUGCUGUUCUCUUGCUAAUGUCUAGCUGUAGCAGGACAGUUUUCUAAAAUUAGUGUGUUUCAGCAUACAGUAACACCGCUAUCACUGUGAAGUUUAUACUGAAAUGAAACUUCAUGUAAGGAAAAAAAAUCCCUGUAUGAGAUAGUUGAAUAAAUUCAGUAAGGAAUUUAAAAAUUGGGAAACACAGUAGGUGUUUAUGGGUUUGUUUAUAAAAAGUGAAAGGGAUCUACUUAUUUAUUUUUCAAUGCUAGUUACAUAAAUAUAUCAAAGCACCUUUCCUUAAAUAUUAACUGACUUAAAUUGAUGAAUCAAUGUAUUGUUGCACAUUUGCUGUUAAUUACAGUGGGAUGUAUAUUGGAGAAAUUCUGGUUAAUUGCACUUGUAGGGCACUUUUAGUUCAGGCUCGUCCUUGUUGUUUAUGAAUACAACAUGCAGAAGACUACUACUAUACUAUUACUGACUCAUUAUAGCAGUGGUUCCCAGAUGUUUUGACCUUCAAACUCCUAGAAAUCGUAACAGCUGGUAAACUGGCUGGCAUUUCUGGGAGUUGUAGGCCAAAACACCUAGGAACCCACAGAUUGAGAACCACUUCACUAUAGGAAAAAAAACCCAUAUAUCUUGCAAGGAAUAGAGUAGAGUUUGGUUAGCUGUCUGAGGAUGCUUCAGGAAGGUGUUUGGUAACACAUGGCAAAUCUAUUCCCACGAUUUGGGUGGAAGGCAGAUACCUUAUUUUGAUGACAAUUCCCACAAUAACCAAAAAAAGGUAACUUUUCCAGGCUCUGGUUCUUCUUUAUGUUUUUUUUUCCAAUAAGAAAAAGGAUAAGAGAGACUUUGGCACAACAUGGCAGGGUUACAUACAACAAAUAAUGAUAAUAUACAAUGACCACCUCUAAAGGUCUGUAUUUGAAGCGAGGUGACCACAGGAUAAAGCCAUGCCUAGAAGCAUUUUUACUGAUAGGAAAAGAUGCGGGUUGUGUCUUAUAAGGCUGAUGUUCUGAUGCAAGCUUAGCACAAGACUGUGCAAUUCUCCCGAGGAAAGCCUGGAAUCUGGAAAGCCCCUUGAGGCUUGACCUAAUUUCAGGAGCUAGCCAUUUAUAUAUAAUAGGAACAUUGUUGGUGAUGUAAAUAGCGGUAAAGUAUUGCACUUUAAAAUGAAUUGAAACAGUCUGUGCAAUUUUGGAAGAGCAGACUUAGUCUUGUUUAUAGAAAAAUAAAUAAAACUAGACUAUAUUAAGCAUUGUCAGCUAUUUCAGUAAUCCAGUGAAGGAAGUGGAGCCAACUGGCAAGGAGUUUUACAACCUUCUAAAGUUAGCUAUUCAUUUAACCUCAUGAAUCUCGGCUGAACCUCUCCAGAUAUGUUGCACCAAUCUAUCAUUCCCUUAACUGAGUCUUAAUUGGUUGCAUAUUUUGCACUGGAAGCCAAGAACUUUUAAAGACUCAGGUGUGUUCCCGAUUCUACACUUAAGUCUUCCAAAGUUAUCAAGCUCUCCGUUCAUUUCUUGUUUCAUUUGGCAAUUUUUGCACAUUAUAUUGGGUGUUUAGCUCCUAUAAGUUCUCUUAAGCAUAAUUUGAAUACAUUAUUUCGACAAUCAAUUGUUCUCAAAAAGAUGAAUUGUUUUUAGAGUGCCAUUGCUUGAGCAUUAAUGCAUCACUGCAAGGGAAUGUGAGCAGUUGUUUGAGAAGUGAUGUGGAAAUUGAACUCAGACAUCCUUUCCUUUCAGAGGAUUUCCCUUGUUUUGGUUCCAAGGUCUUGUGACGCAGUCUUGGGACAUCUUGCUUUUCCUUUGAUUAAACAGUGUUUUCCCAUUUUUAUUUACAUGAAUGCUCUUAACACUCACAAUAGGGUUGUUCCAGACACGCAGCCAGCAAAUAUACUCCAGACUUUCCCUCUGUUUGCAUAAGGCACUUUACUCUUUUAAAAACUACUUUUCUAUCACUGAAAAUCCACCCUGUCAUGAAGUGUGUAAUUUUGACUCUAACUUAACAACUAUUUGAAAGCAAAGAAAUUCUAUCACAUACAAUACUAACAUAUUCUCUUAAUAUAUCAUGCAAGUAUUAAUGGUAGUUUCUUUAUAAAUCUCUUCUAUUUCACAUGAAUGCAGUUUGGCCUUCUGGAAACAGGAGGCAGGAGAAAUGUUGCAGAAAAUGUGGAACAUAUUUUUGGUGGUUUUGGGAGGAAUCCCCCCCACAACACAUGUAUAUUGUUGCCUAUUUCUAAUACUGUGAUGCAAUCCUUUGAAUUCUCUUGCUAUACCACCAUAUAUUUUAGUGGGGCUUAAGCUGUGGUCUUGCACAGGGCAUUUGAAAAAUUAAUAGAUUGUAUGAUACUACUUGAAGCUGCACAACAAGUGCUCUCCAGUGGGGAUUUUCCUAGACACAUGGACAUAGAAAUAAUUGCAAAUGCUACCCCUGAAGAUGACAAAUGUUUUGUCAGAACUGUUUGUUUCCUUCAAACUUUGUAUUAGCCUGCUUCAGCCUAGUGUACUCCAGAUGUGUUGGAGGGAUUCCCAGAAAGUAUAUCCUCCCUUUCCCUCUCUUUCAUAUUAGUAGGAGCAUAAUUGCAUACCACCUGUCUGAAGAUAUGUGCCAGCUGUAACAUUAAUAUGCCUGCAGGAUAUCAAAUUAGUUAUUUUAUAACUAAUUUGGGGAGGAGUCAUGUGGUCCUCCAGAGGUUUUUCGAUUACAUAUCCCAGCAGUCCUGGACAGUACAGCCAAUGGUGAGGAGUGAGUGCGAGGAACUACAGUUAAACAACAUCAAGAAGGUUGUAAGAUUCUACCCUUGCUUUAGAUUAACACAUUUCUUCAAUUUUGCUCUUCAAUCCUUUCUUGGUUCUGUAUCAAAUAGCUGACUAAAAUCUGCCAACCAUGUCAGCAUCUGCCAAAUGAGAGAGCAGAAAUCAUUUCCCAAGAAAUGUAUUUUUUUGUUUUUGUUUCGGAUCUUUGACUCAGGAGAAAUUAACUGUCCAUAUCUGCCCAGUGUAAUUUGGUGUACUGCCAAUGUUUCUGUAUCAGCUGGAACAGGCUGCCAUUUUAUGCAAGUGAAUGAUUAGCACUACUAGAUAAUCAAGCAGCAGAAGUCAGCAAUGUUGAACAGAAGCAGCAUGCUAAGAGCAUUCUAAUUCAAAAACAACACAGAUCAUGUCAUAACAAAUAAACAGUAUGUAUAACAAAAGACUUUGGAAGCCAGCAUGGUUUGAGCAUUGAACUACAACUCUUGAGACCAGAAUUUGAAUUCCCAUUAAUAGGCCAUGGAAAUCCAAUGAGUGACAUCUCAGUUUCAAAGAAAGGGAAAGGCAAAUAAUCUCUGAACAAAUUGUGGCAUGAAAACCCAGUGACUUAGGGUGGACAUAAGUCAGAAACCAAUGAAAGACGUACAACAGUGAACAAAAUAAUAUGGAUUUUACUAACUUGUCUGUAUGCUCAAAUAUCACAGCACUUAAUGGGAUUGCUUACACUUGUUCCAAAAAUGUUAGUUCAGGAUAUGUCAGCGCAGUUCACAGAAACCUUGGCUGCAGAACAAUUAAUAGCUGCAUUUUGGACAUCAGUUUAUUGCAAUAGCUAUAGAUAAACUCAGAGGGUGACAAUUUGAAGCCAAUGCUGAACUUUCCAAAGGUAGGGCAAGGAAUCUCGGCAGCAAGAAGGAAAGGUUCCCAAAGCAAUGGCUUCAUAGUGGGAGAAAUACAUCAGUUGCUAGGUUUUCAGUUUUGUAACAGAAAAAUGUGAAAUAAAGAUUCUUGUAAUAUUCACACUCAAGUGCAGGUCAUGAGGAAGAGCUUUGGGCAGCUGGAGCCAAUAGAAGCCUGCAGAAUUAAAGCAGUUUCACAAUACAUUAACUGCCAUGGCUCAAGGCAGUGAGAUUCUGGUAUUUGUAAUUUUGUGAGAUAUUUACCCUUCUCUAUCAGAUAGCAAUCUACAGAACCCAGGAUUCCAUAGGAUAGAGCCAGAACAUUUAAAGUGAUGUCAACCAGCUAUAAUUCUCUAAAGGUAAGAAGCAUGUCCGCCUGAAGAGAAAGAGCAGAAAACUUUAGGCCCUGGUACCGUUAAAGGAACUAAUGCCUUUGGCUACAUAUUAAAUAUUAACAAGUAAUAUUGCUGGAAAGAUGUGAUGCUCAGUUUCAAAACUGUACUGUAAAACUAAUGAUUCCCCUUAAACCAAAGCAAUAGAAUAUAAUAAACCACUUUUAUUUCAAUUGACUUAAGUGGGAAUAAACAGCCUGAAAAUGAAGCACUUUGAUUUAUACCAAAUCCUCAGUACGGUAGGUUUUAAGGAAAUUCUAAUGAUGUUGCUGGUAUGUGGUUCUUUUCGCCACUAUAGCUUAUGCUGGCUUAUGAAUUGGGUUUUCAAAAAAGAAAAAAAGAAACCUAAUUAGUCAAGCAGAAAAAUCGUAACACUAUAAAAUAACGCCAUAUUAUUGACCCUUGUUCAUUUUAAUUCAAGCAUGGAAAAGUUACUUUGAGUACUAUAGCUCCCAUAACCACUGCUUGAGAAAUAAAAAAAUAUAAAUCUCCAUGCUCUGAUUUAGUAUCACCAGCUAUACAAUUCAUAGUUGCUUGACAGCAAAAGCAAGUUUUUCCAUGUACUGCAGCCAAUUCUGAGGAACCAAAGUAAAAGGUCUCUAUCCUCUCUCCAAAUUCAGACUGCACUCACUUAAAAUAUUAGCACUUUCCCCCCACUUUUUAGAUCACCUUUGUGUUUACUUUGUGAUGUGAUCUUUUGAAUGCUUGUUUUCACAAAUGUUGCAUGUGUUUGCAGUCAUAUACUCUUUGUAUGUGUAUGUGUGAAAUUGCUCAUAAGGUUUGAGGAUGAAUAGCUCAAGACUUGAAAUUGUUGCACAAUUGUUCCCCAGCAGAAUCACUCGAUGAACAAUAGCUUGUUGAUUGACUUCUUCGUUUCAUUACUCCAUUGUUGGUUUUGGCCUUAUAUGGUGUCUUAGUCAUGGAACUCAGUGGUGCUUGUUCUUUAUCAGAGUCUCAAUUACAGUUGUUAUUGUGCUUCAGUACUAAACAUGUUUAUACACAGGUUUGACACAUCAGACAACUACAAUUAAAAUUUUAUGUACAAGUCACUUCAUCUUAUGGCUGGUGUUUAAUUCCUUCUUCGAAAAAGAAUCUUCAUAGAAAGCAUAUUGAACCAUUAUGUCUGCCUAGUUUUUAAUGAAAUUUGUAGAUCGGGGAUGUGCAAAGUAGAAGUAAGCAGAUAGCAUGUUUACAUAUAACUUAACUCUGCAUUAAAACAAGAUUAUUUAUUUCAGGAAUAAUGCGGCGGAAUUUCUGAAAUCCUCGUGAAACGUUUCCUGACAUAGAAAUUACUGUACAAAUCCAGAUUUCAUGAUAUUCAAAUCACUGUACAAAUCCAGAUCUUGAUUUAAUUGUAGCAUAUGAAUUUUGAAGACAUUGUAUAUACUGUUAGCAUGAUGACUGAUUGAACUGUCUUGCAAAAUGUUAAUUUAUUGCAUAUAUUUGGUGAAUUAAGUUGUGCUCUGGCUGUCCUUGCUUCUCUCCUUCUUGUCUCUCUUUUUUUGGAAAGCAAUGGCUCUCAGGCACUGUGGGAAAGUCUGUUUAAAAGUCUACUGAACAGUCCAUUUGCACUGAAUGGAAAACAUGUCUUGAUAUGUGUAACAUAAAUUGUAACCAGACCACUUUCAUUUUGUGUUUGUGAAAAUAUAAAUGUAUGAGCAUAUUUUACUGUACUCUGUACAUUUCAUACAGUCAUGACUGUCCCAAGCAGCCACAGAUUUUUUAAAAAUAAAUUUUACAAAUUGG